AUGGAGAAAGUUGGGGAAACAGCAACUGGUACCCGACGACACGCAUUGCAGCUGUUCAGAGAGAAUGCCGGUAUGACCCACGUCAACGCACUGCUGCAAGACCAUGAAUUCCCGGACACAAGAGUCAAAAUUGCAGGGCUGAUCAGAAGAGAGAGACAUUCUGAUGUUUACUCUGUAUACAUCGACGAGGAUGGCUCGUCUCUGGAUCAAAGGGCAGAGGCUCGAGCAUUCAUCCUAAACGGAGUGCCAGCAGAGCUGAGGAGACAUCGAACACGGUGCAUGCGCCGCUUGCGCCAUCGAGCCUUGCUGGAGGCACCCUUUCGUGGCGCCAUGGUAACGGUUUAUGAAACCAUACAAUCUGAAAAAGAAGACCAAGUUAUGGAAAUGACGGAGCACAACGAACAAGCAAAGCGUGUUCGACAGCGGGAAAAACGCCGAGUGAACAGAAAGCAAAAAGCGGAAAGCAAAACUCUAGAAGAUGCCCCCGAAAGUGCCCAGCUUCUAGACGAAAAUAAACCAGUGUAUGCACCAGAGCUAUCAGAUCGGGAGACACACUUGUCUGCUGCUGUCAUGUUACGUCCGUGUUACGACGAUCAGGGCAAAAAUCGCCUCGGCGACAUUGGACCUAAGUUGCGCCUCUUGCAUGAAAUAAGGAGUCGAAGUCCCAAACUUGAAGAAUUUUGGAAAUUAUUGGCGAUUACGCGUGGCAAAACCCGGUGGCUACAACCCACUGUGGAACCUAUUACUGGCGUUGAGAUAAUGUGCGAUUUAAUGGAUAAUCAUAUCGCAAUGCAGAGGUUUGUGGAACAAAUACACAAACACCUUUCGGAAAUGUCUUAUCACCAGCUAUCGUCGGGAAUAUGCAUCAUUCUAUCAAACGUUUCCAACCAAGAACAGCAUGCGACUAGCAGAAACGGCCGACUCGAAACUCUCCGAUACAUACAAUCAGGCUUGAUCGUUUUGCUGAGGAAGAUGCAAGCAGUGUACAAACUCAUGAAGGACAAGUUUUGGAAAUAG